AUGGUACUUGCAAGAACGAACCGUAAUAGAUUCUUAUUAUUUUUAACUGGUUUUCUUUUUCCAUUUAUUGCAUGCAUUAAUGCUGAAAAACCCAGGUCCCAGGAACACAGAGUAAUUAAACUACCUGGGCAACCACCCAAUCCACCAGUUUCGCAGUUUUCAGGGCACAUCACAGUAAAUGAAGCUCAUGGGAGGGCCCUUUUCUACUGGUUUUUUGAAGCUCUGUUUGAGCCUACCAAAAAGCCUCUUCUAUUAUGGCUUAAUGGAGGGCCUGGUUGUUCAUCAAUUGGAUAUGGAGCAGCUGUGGAGUUGGGUCCUCUUGUAGUUAGCAAGAAGGGAACUGGUCUUGACUUCAAUGAGCACUCAUGGAUUAAAGAAGCCAAUUUGCUUUUUCUGGAAUCUCCUAUUGGAGUUGGGUUCUCAUACUCCAAUACAUCUGCUGAUUACACCAAAUUAGACGAUGGAUUUGUAGCUGAGGAUGCCUACAACUUUUUGGUGAAUUGGCUGAAAAAAUUCCCACAAUUCAAAAGUCAUGAAUUUUUCAUAUCAGGGGAGAGUUAUGCAGGUCAUUAUGUACCUCAACUAGCAGAACUUGUAUACGUCAGGAAUAAGAAAAGAAAGACAUAUCCAUUCAUUAAUCUAAAAGGUUUCAUAGUAGGAAAUCCGGAAACAAAUGACUAUUAUGAUUAUAAAGGACUUCUCGAGUAUGCAUGGAGCCACUCUGUAAUUUCAGAUCAAGAGUACAAUAAAGCUAGGCGAGAUUGUAACUUCUAUCUCGAGAACUGGUCAAGCAAAUGUAACAUCGCCAUGUCUUCAGUCUUCAAUAGAUACAACGAGAUCGACAUUUACAACAUCUAUGUCCCAUCAUGUGUUCUCAACGAGACAUCAUCUACUGCUUAUGGUAUUACUAGUGGAACUGAAUUUUCAAAUGAUAAGGCACAAAAUUAUGGGUUCAGGAGGAUGAAACGGAUCCCUGGAGGGUAUGACCCCUGCUAUUCUACAUACGCCGAAGCGUAUUUCAACAGGAAGGAUGUUCAGGCUGCCCUCAAUGUGAACACCAGGGGAGAGGACGCUAGUGUAAAAUGGUCAGUCUGCAGUAAUUCUGUAUUUAGGACGUAUAAUUAUACUGUAUUUUCCAUCUUUCCGAUAUACAAAAAGCUCAUCAAAGGUGGAAUCAGGAUUUGGAUUUACAGUGGAGAUGCAGAUGGCCGAGUGCCAGUAAUAGGUUCAAGAUACUGUGUUGAAGCUCUAAAACUGCCCCUCAAGACUCCAUGGACUUCUUGGUACCACAACCAUCAGGUAGCAGGGAGGAUAGUGGAAUACGAGGGCUUGACUUUCAUAACAGUUAGAGGGGCCGGUCAUCUUGUACCUCUGAACAAGCCAAGCGAGGCCCUCACCCUAAUCCGUUCCUUCUUGUCCGGUGACAAUCUCCGUACUCAUAGAUGA